UCAAGAACAAUCUGGAGAACAAAUGAAUCAAGCAGAUAAUUUAAUUACAGAAAUCAAAUCUUCCUUGUGCCACCUAUGCAAUUAUGAGUUUUCUGGGCCCGGCCAGCUGGCCAUCCAUCUCAGAUACGUCCACCAGCAGAUAGCCCAAAUUUCACCCAAGGUCAAGAAGGCGUCAGAAGGUCAAAGUUCAAAUGAGAAAGUAGCAGAAGAGGGCAGCAGAGAUGAGUCAGAAUGUGAGGCCAGAUCUAGUCCGGCUCUGCAAGACAAUGCAGUAUUUGUUGAUGGGCAAGCAGCGAGAAGGAGAAUGUAUGUGCAAUCUAGCAUGCCAGAUGAUCGCUAUAUCUAUUGUGAGGAAUGCAAGGAGCGUUAUGAAGGGGAGUGUCCUCUGCACCCCUUCACCAUCAUCGAAGACAAACCGGUCCCUGGGGAGUGCGAAAACAGGGCCAGAUUGACCCUCCCUGAUUUCCUCUCCAUCCGUCAGUCGGGUGUGGAGGGGUGCGGGGAAGGGGUGUGGGCCGAGAAACACAUCCCCAAAGGGGUACGCUUCGGUCCCUAUGCAGGGGAGAUUGUGAGCAAUGAUGCCGGCUACUGGAGUGGAUUUGCCUGGGAGAUCUGUGUCCAGGGCAAGGUGAUCCACUGCAUCGACGGGAAGAAUGAGAGGAAGGGCAACUGGCUCCGCUUCGUCAACUGCGCGCGCAACUUGUCCGAGCAGAACCUGGUCGCCUUCCAGCACCUUGGGGAGAUCUACUACCACACCUGCAAAGCCAUCGAGCCUGCCACGGAGCUCUUGGUCUACUACGGGGAGGAAUUCGCCAAGAAGCUGGACGUUGUUUCCGAGCUGGCCAGCCUUAUGUAUGACUCGAAAUCUGGAACAUACAAGUGUGAGUUCUGCGGUCGACUGUUCACCAUUGCCAUCUACCUUGCCCGACAUCUUCGUUACUCCCACAACAAAGUCAUGAAAGGAUCUUCCACCAGUCAUCAUGUGGUCAAGAGCAUCGACAGACAGACCCUUGCUGCCAUGGUGGCCGAAGCUGAAGCCAUGACACGGUUUUCCAACAACGAGGCUUUCACAGGUCAAAGGUCAGACUUCGGCAGUCAUGGUUCCGAGGCUAGAGAUGGGGAUUCAGAGUUAAGAGGUCAGGGUUCAGAGGUUACAGGUGAGAGUUCGUAUGAGAACGGAGGAGAGAAUCCCGUAGAGCAAGCACAGAUGAGUGAGAGCUCCCCAGGUUAUGAGAAUGGAGGUCAAGGGUCAGAGUAUUAUGAUACAGUAGGUCAAAGGUCAGAUGAAGAGAGUGAGAGGAUGGGUGGUUAUGUCAUGAGCAAUGGCGAGCCAAUGAUGGAUCUAAAUUUGCAAAGGUACGAGGAGUAUGAACGUAGUAAUGGAGACAAUGUUUGGGCGGAGAUUGAGGGACCUAACAAGGGUGGUUUAGAAGAUGCAGCAGGAGGUGGGAAAGCGUAUGUAUGCGGCGUGUGUGGACAGCAGUUUGCUCUUGAACUGGUCUACAAUGCUCACAUGAUCACGCAUAGUGUUGUAGAUGGACAGAAGUGUGAGUUGUGUGGCGAUCUGUUCCCAACAAAGGAAGAUCUUGAAGGGCAUGCCUGUAUGCAGGGCUCAAGAAUGGCUGAAAACGGAAACAACCAAAAUAACGUGGAUGUCAACAAGCCAUUCCUCUGCAAUGUUUGCGGCAAACGUUUCAGCCAUAAAGAGUACUUGCGCACGCAUAUACGCAUCCACACGGGAGAGAAACCCUACAGCUGUCGCUUCUGCGAUAAGUCCUUCACGCAAGGGAGUGCGCGCAACACCCAUGAAAGGACCCACACCAGGAUCAAACCUUUCAUGUGUGACGUGCCGACUUGUGGGAUGAGGUUCAGAGAUGGCAGUCAUCUCCGAACUCACAAGCGCAUCCACAGUGACUCCAAGCCAUUCCAGUGCAGGUUCUGUGGCAAAUGCUUCCUCUUUGCAAGUCAGUUGAUGCAACACGAGCUUACUCAUAGCUCUCUAAAACCCUACAUCUGUGGUGUUUGUGGACGAGGUUUCAAUCAGAAGGCAUACUUGCGUGUGCAUGAACGUUUGCAUACUGGUGAGAAGCCUUAUCCAUGUAGAGUUUGCGGGAAACGCUUCAACCAGAUGACAUCCCGUAAUGUCCAUGAACAGAAGCAUGGCAACUGGGGUAUGUAUGACUGCAAGAAGUGCAGUCUAAGCUUCAAACGAAGCAGAGACUUGCUUCGGCAUGAGUGCAGUGGCAUGCAUGGGGGAAAUGGCCUCCCAGCUAUGCUUAUGCAGCAGCCAAUUCAUCCUGCCCCGAUGCAGCAGCGGCAAGUAUUCCCGUGUAGGCAAUGUCCUGAGGUUUUUGCGUCUUCCUCAGAACUGCAACAACAUCAGCAGUCCCAUGUGCUGCGCCCCUUCUCAUGCGACAUAUGCAGCAAACGUUUCACGCACAGGAGCUACCUGGAGAUCCAUGUCCGGAUCCACACCGGGGAGAAACCCUACUCUUGUAAGUACUGCGGGAAGACCUUCAGUCAAACCAGUUCUAGGAAUGCGCAUGAGAGGAUCCAUGAAAGGAUUAAAGCAGCCAAAGAAGCUGAACAGAAUUGCAAGCAAGCGCAGGAAGCCUUAGAGAACGAAGCUGCAGAGAUAGCACAUGGAGAGAAGGAAGGCGAGAAGGCUCCAGAAACGAAUAGCGAAAAUUCCACUGUGCCAAAUCUUCCAGUGCGUCAAGCUAUCCAAAGCUGUCGUUAUUGCAAUAAAACCUUCACUGAUGCUGCCUUGCUGGUCAGCCAUGAGCAGACGCACAUGCGGCCAAGGGAUCAUAUCUGCGGUUUUUGCGGGAAGGCUUUCAGCAAAGGCCGAUAUCUGCAGAUUCACGAACGCACGCACACGGGCGAAAAACCAUACCAGUGUCGGUACUGUUCCAAGCGUUUUACCCAAGGGAGCUCUCGUAAUGUUCACGAGAGAAUACAUGUAAGAAAUGGGGACUACAAACUGAGCCCCCUGUCCCCUGUAGAUCAAAUGCCAACGCCUAGUUCAAACGUUCCAUAUGAUACCAUUCCAAAUUACAAUGCGCAGAAUCUAUUAAUGGACCAGUCCAACUCUGCCUUGCGUCCACUGUACAACUGUAGGUUCUGCAGCAUGCGCUUUGACGACACAGCUGCACUUGCCCACCAUGAGAAAGUGCAUGGUAUACGACCCUUCAUCUGCAACAUAUGUGGAAGGACUUUCACACAGAGUCGCUACUUGCAGAUCCAUGUCCGCACGCACAUCGGUGAGCAGCCUUAUCCUUGCCGCUUCUGUAGCAAGCGCUUCUCCCAGUGUAGUGCCAGGAACAUGCAUGAACGGAUCCAUACGGAGUUCCGACCCCACCAAUGCCCCGUGUGCGGCAAGUCGUUCAUUGUGAACAGCGCCCUGCAGAAGCACCUUCAGAAACAUCAGUUCGUGGGCAAUCCUUCCCUGCCCGGGAGUGAGAAAGCUCCACCACCGCAAAACAUGCUAUUACUCUGAUGAGGGUUGAACCCUUUCACAUAUGUAUUCACUGCCUUUGGAUGUUUGUAGUUCUUGUGUUUGCUCUGUGUCAGAAGGUGAAGACUGGAUUUACAUGCCAUGUAAAUAAUGGUUCCAUAUGGACACCAAGAAGAAGCAAGGAUCCAUACAAGAGAGGUUGCAGUUUGCCACUUUACUUCACAAUCAAACAGAGCCCCAAUAGAUUGACAGAGGAAACACACCCUUUGUUUAAUUGGAAAGAAAACAAAUUCUGUCAAAUAUCUCUGGCAGAUUAAUAUUUUCAUGCAGAUGAUGUCCCUUAUUAUUAAUAUAAUCAUAUCUAGCUUUUAUACAAAUGUCUCUAAGCGCUUUACAAAUAUACUAUUACCCCGGUAAUAAACAUAACUGAUUCAAUGAACCCUUUUUGGCUCUACGAAGGCACUUGAUCCCUUUAGGCCUGCAGGACUUGUUACAAUUAUAAUUUCUUAACACAUCGAUACUCAAGUUGCAAGGAAUACAGAAGAGAGACAAUUGAUCAGCCAAUAUGUCAAGUUGUCACUCUGAACCAUAUGCUAUGCACACAAUAAUACUGCCACAUUUACAUAUGAAAUAACCCAUUAAACACUUAAAGUCCAAGAGAAUUAGGGAGGCUGGAGUCAAUGAAAAAUCAAAUCAUAUCCUAUGGGUUAUUGGGGAUUGGUUGAAGGGUUCAAGAACUUUAAGUAAGUACAGGACUUUGCUGAAAAUAUGUAGAGGUUGAUAGCUCGCAUCUUGCCUGGUAUGUUACCAUUUUUUUAAAAUAAUUCAUAUUUUGUUC